AUGAAGACAAGACAUCUAAACUUACAGCCAAAGAAAGAAUGCCGUGUAGUUAGCUGCAUGCACUCAAAAUGUGGUCCAAGUUAUAAGAGAAGACAUGAAGGAGAUGGUGAAGUGAAAGAGACACUAAAGCCACUUCAGAGACAGAAAGGAGUAGGGGGAGUCAUCAUGGUGAACACAGAAAGCAUUCCCAUCAGUAAGAGCAUGGAUACCACAAAGCAUGCCAAACUCAUGCACACCUUCAUCUUGAAGGACUUGAGUGCCAUGCAUGAAAUCAACCCUCACAAUGACCUCACCUUUCUACAAAUUCACUCCAACAGAAAUGAAAUUAUGGUUGCACCAGAUAAAGAUUAUUUCCUGACCACAAUUCAGAAUCUAACUGAAUCUACUCUUUUGGCUCCCUGCAUCAUUCCUUUACUUAACAACCCCAAGAGUAAUGAUAUUAAUCAUGUCAUCCAACUGGCAGUGGAAAUCACGUUAAAGACUACUUAG